AUGGGGUCGCCGGCUCUGGUUGUGCGCAAGAUUGAGCUGGAUUCCACCCCAUCGACCAUCGGGGCGCUCUUCGCUGGCUGGGGCAUCUCAAUGCUUGUCUUCGGCGUCUUCAUUCUUCAGUUUCUCAUAUACUUCACUCACUAUACUAGAGAUUCGCGCUGGCGAAAGCUUCUUGUCUUGUCGAUGGGGGUGCUCGAGGUUGCUCAUCAGAUAUUCGUCGGCCACACGUGCUGGAAGUACAUCGUACGGAAUUUUGGCAAUGAAGAGGAGACUUUUGCAGCAAAGGCCGUUUGGAGCUUUACAGCAAUAGUCUUCUUGAACGUGGUUGUAUCCGCUAUAGUGAAAAUAUUCCUUGCUUGGCGUAUAUACAUUGUCAGUAGCGGCCACUGGUGGUGGACAGCUCUCAUUACCAUGUUGGCCUUUGCGCAAAUGGCACUGGGAAUCGCCUUCUCCAUCGCAGCCUCAAAGCAGCCUAUCAACUCGCUCAUUGCCCUGAAGUCAUUAGCCACGGCAUCCCUAGCACUGGGGGCGGUGGCCGAUGUCGUCGCCGCAAGUAUUCUCAGCUACUACUUACACACCAUGCGAACUGGUUACAAGAGAACAGAAGGAUUGAUCAACAAACUCAUCAUGUUCAGCGUGAACACAGGCGCUAUCACGUCAGCGUUCAGCGUCUCAGUUGUGAUACUGUACCAGACCAUGCCGCACAACUUCAUCUUUCUAUCUAUCUGGUUCUUCGUAUCCAAAUUAUACUCCAAUUCCCUCCUAGCGACGCUUAACUCUCGUGCUGGACAUCGCAUCAAAGAAUCCAUCCAGUCUUACUCGAGUGGCGAUCAUGCGCUCACUUUCAUGCGUCCCCGCGCUCGGAGUACCGCUGAUGUGCACGUUCUCAACUCCAAGGAGCCUCAACCUGCUCUUCACAUCAGCGUCAGCCACGAAGUUUCUGUCAUUCGCGAUGACAGGGAUGACAAGGUUCGGGCAUUAGGGGACGCCAGUAUGAAGGAGGAUUCCGGACAUGCUGUAGCUGUUUGA